UUGUUAGUUUCAAAAAAUGGUGACCACAUUUCAACCGCUAAGUUUCCACACAGCAAAACUGAGCGUCUGCACUUCUUCCAAAAGCAAGAAGAACAAGAAGCAAAAACAGCUUCACCAAAACCAAAACACCAAUUCCCUCUCCUUCCCCAAAUCAACCCCAACCCCCCUCAUUAUUUACCAUAAACCCUCCGCCCAGACCAAGCUCCAAGCCCUCGACGCCGUCGUCAAGGACCUGGAAGCAUCCGUCGACAAAGGCGUAAAUGUCGACACGCAAACCUUUGCUUCCCUUUUGGAAAUAUGCUACCAGCUAGAAGCAAUGAAGUAUUGCCACCGGGUUCAUAAGCUCAUUCCCAGAAGCCUUUUGCGUCGAAAUGUAGGCCUCUCGUCGAAGCUUCUUAGACUUUAUGCUGCAAGUGGGCGUAUGGAGGAGGCGCACAAGGUGUUUGAUGAAAUGCCUAAGAGGGACGCUUCUGCUUUUGCAUGGAAUGCGCUUAUCUCGGGGUAUGCUGAAUUGGGUUUGUACGAGGAUGCUAUGGCGCUGUACUUUCAAAUGGAGGAAGAGGGAGUUGAACCUGACCGGUUCACGUUCCCUCGAGUUUUGAAAGCUUGUGGGGGAAUUGGGUUCAUUCAGAUUGGUGAGGCUGUGCAUCGGCAUGUUGUGCGUUCGGGUUUAUUGAAUGAUAGGUUUGUGCUUAAUGCACUGGUGGACAUGUAUGCCAAAUGUGGCGAUAUUGUGAAGGCUCGGAAAGUGUUCGAUAAGAUUUCCAGUCGGGACAAGGUUUCUUGGAACACAAUGCUCACUAGUUAUAUGCGCCAUGGGGUUUUGCUGCAGGCGCUGGACAUCUUUCGCCAAAUGUUUGAUGAAGGUUACCAGCCCGAUUCUGUUUCUAUAUCCACAAUCCUCGCUGCGGUUCAAUCAUUACAGCUUGUAGUUCAAAUACACGGAUGGGUAAUUAGGAUGGGAGUUGAGUGGAACUUGUCCAUUGCCAAUGCCUUGAUUGCUGCAUAUUCCAAACACCACGAGUUGAAUCGAGCGCGAUGGUUGUUUAGUCAUAUGCCGGAGAGGGAUGUUGUAACAUGGAAUACAAUCAUUUCAGCUCAUUCUAAAAGCCGGGAAGCCUUGCUGUAUUUUGAUCAGAUGGAGAAGGACGGUGCUUUGCCAGACAGUAUCACAUUUGUGUCAAUCUUAUCGGCUUGCGCCAAUUUAGGUCUGGUCAAGGACGGUCAGAGACUAUAUUCUGUCAUGAAAAAUAGAUACAGAAUUAGUCCAAUUAUGGAGCAUUAUGCUUGCAUGGUGAAUCUUUACGGAAGGUCAGGUCGGAUCAAAGAAGCUUACGGGAUCAUAACGGAUGGAAUGGAGUUUGAGGCUGGUCCGACGGUGUGGGGUGCACUGCUGUAUGCUUGCUACCUUCAUAGCAAUGUUGAUAUCGGGGAGGUUGCUGCAGAGAAGCUUUUCGAUCUGGAGCCGGAUAACGAGUAUAAUUUCGAGCUUUUGAUGAUGAUUUAUGGCAAUGUGGGUAGGUUGGAGGAUGUGGAGAGAGUGAGAUUGAUGAUGAUGGAGAGAGGAUUGGACUCAUAGACCCACAAAAUUAAAAUCUUGUGACUUUUGGUCCUUCUGGUUCAACAUUGAUACAAAACUGAAGGAUUGGCAGACAAGUGAAGGUCGGUUGCUCGAAGCCAUGAAACCCUAGCUGUUCAUCUUUUCCGUGUCUUCGUUGUGACAGAGAAGACACAUGCAAUUGCAAAAAGCUUCUGAAGAAAUCUGACUAAGAAUAUUGUUCUGUUCAGUUCAGCCAUAGCUGGAUGUUCCUAACCCAACUCAUAUCUAAUACUUGUACACGUCGAACAUAAGAGAAAAAUAAAAGCAUUCAAUUCUUUUUCACUUCACUUGAAAUUUCUCUAAUGUUUGAGCAAUUGUUAUUUGUUCUGUUAGAACGAUAC